CGACACGCCUGUCCCCCGUCGGGCACGCGCCUCCUCGGGCACCAGCAGAGUAUAAAGUGAGGUGCGCGCGCACGGGGCUCAGCAGUGAACCGGUGACCGGCGGCGGUGGAGCAGCUGCAGAGACCUGACCGACAUGAGCUCUGCGCACCUGGCCGCGCUGGAAGCUUCUUCUCUCCGGGAGCGCAGGAGGUGAUGCGCGCUGCGGGACUCGGGUGGGAACUGUUACCGGAGAGGAUGGAGCCGUCGAACCACAACAACACGUCCUCCUGGAACCGGUCCGCCGGACAGGAGCGGUUCAGCAGCCUGGAUGACAUCGACGUGCCGGCGGACGGCUCCCCGACGCUGCGCAUCCUCAUCUCCAUCGUGUACUCGGUGGUGUGCGCCGCCGGGCUGGUCGGGAACCUGCUGGUGUUCUUCCUGAUGAAAGUGCGCCGGGGCAGGAAGAAACGCUCCAGCAUCAACCUGUUCAUCCUCAACCUGGCCGUGACGGACUUCCAGUUCGUGCUGACCCUCCCGUUCUGGGCGGUGGACACGGCUCUGGACUUCAGCUGGCCGUUUGGAAAUGCCAUGUGUAAGAUCAUCCUCUCCGUGACGGUGAUGAACAUGUACGCCAGCGUGUUUUUCCUCACCGCCAUGAGCGUCACCAGGUACUGGUCGGUGGCCUCGGCGCUGAAGGACCGGACCCGGCGCCGCGUGUGUCCGGUGCGCUGGGUGAUCGCCGGGCUGUGGGUGUCCGCCACGGUGGCCUCUCUGCCCACCGCAAUAUUCUCCACGGUGAAGAGCGUGGCCGGGGAGAGGCUGUGCCUGCUGGGGUUCCCGGACGGCCAGUCGUGGCUGGCGCUGUAUCACCUCCAGAAGAUCCUGGUGGCCUUCGUGUUCCCCAUGCUGAUUGUCACCGUGUGCUACCUGAUGCUGCUGCGCUUCGUCCGCCUGCGCAGCAUGAACAACAACCAGGUGAAGCGGAGGUCCCGGGUGACGCGCUCCGUCACCAUCGUCGUCCUCUCCUUCUUCAUCUGCUGGAUGCCCAACCACGCCAUCACCCUCUGGGGCGUGCUGGUGAAAUUCAACCUGGUCAACUGGGACAGGACGUACUACAUGGUGCACACGUACGUCCACCCGGUGACCGUGUGCCUGGCGCACACCAACAGCUGCCUGAACCCGGUGCUGUACUGCCUCAUGCGCCGGGAGUUCCGGAAGAAGAUGAAGGAUCUGUUCUGGAGGAUUUCCUCGCCCACCGGGACGAACACGUGCCCCCUGCGGCCGUUCUCCGGGACGGUGCGAGCGGAGCCGGACGAUUCACACAUCGCCAUCCCGCUGAACAACGUGGAGACGGAGAACUGCAGACUGUCUGUUUUAACGGACCAGUGCGACACGGACGCGCUGCAGAGGUGAAGCAGAGGAGAGAAUUCUGUGUUUCAGUCUGUCUCACUGUAAAGCUGUUCAUUUCACCUCUCGUCACUGAGCUCAUCGUGUUGGAGAGUCAUGUUCACAGGACGGCUGCAGGUCGUGUAUUAGAUGUUUCUGACUUUUCAUCAAAUGAAUUUUAUACAUUUUAUCACAGUUUAAACAUGUCAAACAUAAAGGAGAAAAAAUUACAAGCGCGCGUAAAUUGCGCACCUGGAACGCGCCGUGCGUAAAACCAUCCGGCUGCGCUUCUGCUUCGCCUGACCGGGAUGUCACGUCACUGCGCUGCUGAUUGUGUUCGGAAACUUUAUUGUUCUUUACUAUAAACGGAGUUCAGGCUCAGUGUGCCAUCCGAUGCUGCUUCGCUCUCUGUGCAGGCUGAAGGUUCAGCUGCUGCUUCAGACUCAUUCUGUGGAGUGUUGUGGAUGUUCGCUGUGGCUGAUGUGUAAAAUGUACAAGCUUGAGUCAGUGAAUGUUAAGAAAAAAAAGAAAAAAAAACUGCCAGUGCAACCUUAAAAACAAUGUUUGGAGAAUAAAAUCAUUCAUUUGCGUUGUUAUUGA